AUGGCGUCGCGAUUUUCCAUCAUCGCUUCCGUCAUCUCCUUCGCUCUCCUCUCCCGAUCCUCUCUCGCCGAAGAUCCUUCCGUCUCCUACGUUUACGAACUCUCGUACAUCACUGCCUCUCCUCUCGGCGUUCCUCAACAGGUCAUAGCAGUAAACGGAAUAUUCCCAGGCCCUGUCGUAACUGCCACAACAAACUACAACGUCGAAGUUAACGUAUUCAACCGUUUAGAUGAGCCGCUUCUACUCACUUGGAAUGGGAUUGAGAUGAGACGUAACGCAUGGCAAGACGGAGUUCUCGGAACAAACUGUCCCAUCCCUCCGAAAUGGAACUUCACUUACAGCUUCCAAGUCAAAGACCAGAUCGGUAGUUUCUUCUACUUCCCUUCACUAAACUUCCAGAGAGCUUCUGGUGGCUUUGGUCCUAUAGUGAUAGAUAACCAGGAUCGUAUUCCUCUCCCUUUCACUAAGCCUGAUGGUGAGAUCACCUUCAUGAUUGGUGAUUGGUUUACUCAAAACCAUACAGUGUUAAGGAGUGUGCUUGACUCUGGUGAAGAGCUUGGGAUGCCUGAUGGAGUUUUGAUCAAUGGGAAGGGUCCUUAUAAGUAUAAUAGUAGUGUUCCUGAUGGGAUUCAAUAUGAAACUGUUAAUGUUGAUCCAGGGAAAACGUAUAGGAUUCGUGUUCAUAAUGUUGGUAUCUCGACAAGUUUGAACUUGAGGAUUCAGAACCAUAAGUUGUUGUUAGUUGAAACGGAGGGUCGAUACACAUUGCAAACGAACUUCUCGGAUUUUGAUAUCCAUGUGGGACAGUCUUACUCUUUCUUGGUGACAAUGGACCAAAACGCCUCUAGUGAUUACUACAUUGUUGCGAGUGCAAGGUUUGUGGAUGAAGAAGUGUGGCAGAGAGUCACAGGUGUUGGGAUUCUUCAUUAUUCGAAUUCCAAAGGUCCUGCUUCUGGUCCUCUUCCGGUUCCGUCUACUGAUGUUUCUCACCCUUGGUCUGUGAUGAACCAACAGAGAGCCAUUAAGCAAAACACAACUUCGAGUGGAGCUCGUCCAAACCCCCAGGGAUCAUAUCACUACGGACAGAUAAAUAUCACAGGCACAUACAUUUUUAGAAGCAUGCCUCCAACCAUGAUCAAUGGGUCACUUCGUGCUACGCUUAAUGGGAUUUCGUUUCUGAACCCAAGCACACCCAUGAGGCUUGCGGAUAAGCAUAGGGUUAAAGGAGUUUAUAAGAUGGAUUUCCCAUCAAAACCUGUUGACAACAGACCUCCUCGUUUGGAGAGUUCUAUCAUCAACGCAACAUACAGAAGCUUUGUUCAAGUUAUAUUCCAGAACAAUGACACCAAAGUCCAGAGCUUUCAUAUUGAUGGAUACUCUUUCUACGUCGUUGCAAUGGACUUUGGAAUCUGGACUGAAGACAGAAAUGGUUCUUAUAACAACUGGGAUGCAAUAUCACGAAGCACAAUAGAGGUUUACCCAGGGGCAUGGACUGCUGUACUAAUGUCACUCGAUAAUGCAGGAGUUUGGAAUAUCAGAGUUGAGAAUCUUGACAGAUGGUAUCUUGGUCGAGAAACAUACAUACGAAUAAUUAACCCCGAGGAGAACGGUAAAACAGAAAUGGGUCAGCCCAAAAAUGUUCUUUACUGUGGUGCUCUCAAGAGCUUGCAGAAGCAACAGUUCCAUCGCUCUGCAUCAUCAAGGCUAAGUGGAAAUUUGAUUCUAAUAUUCAGCUUCAUGAUGGUUCUGCUCGCCUCGGUUUCAGCACUUUGCUGA